AUGGCAACUUCUGUGAGCUCUACUAAAACACAUCAAAGAUCUGCUAGACAUGUAUCUAAAAGUCCAAAACGUAGAUAUUCUCCAUCACGAGUUCAACCGGAUGUAUUAUUCGAAUCAGAAGAAUCUGCAUAUUCAGAUCCAAUAGAUUCUUGUCGAUCAUUGAUAUCAAAUGUGGUAUUUGAACGACGUGAUCGUGAAAGUUUAUCAUCUCAAGCGACACAAUUAUUUAAUUCUCAAACAACAUUUGAAGAUGAAGCCGAACGUUUAUGGCUUCUUGAGAAUAUUCAUAGUACAACAAUAUUGAUUAAAGUUGAUCAAGUUGUAUUCACAAUAAAUGGAAAUUAUGCUCUAAAAGAAUAUCAACCAUGUGUUCUUUUUCUUCAUGGAUUUGGUGUAACAAGAAAUUGGGCUAAUUGGAUAAAAUUAGCCUAUCCGUUGAGUCAACGAAAACGAUAUUCUGUUAUUUUUGUUGAUUUGCCUGGUUUCGGUCAAUCGAGUGGUCGUAGUUUAGAUCAAACAAGUUGGAAACGAUAUGGACCUGAAAUUCUCAUUGCCAUUCUCUCAAGUUUUCAUCUUCGACAUUCAGUUAGUGUUGUUGCUCAAUGUGGUGGAGCAGCUACAACUGUUCGUGCUAUUAAUCGAUAUCCUCAAUGGUUCAGAGGUCGUGGUCUUGUAUUUUCAAAUUCUGUUAUUGGUGAUUUUGGCGAAUCAAAAGAAUUUGAAGCCAAUCUAACAAAAUAUAAUAUACAUAUCGUUGUUUAUUGGAUUCCUGAUCAAGAUCACACAAAAUAUUGUGUGGCAUACAAACGAUGGAAUAAAUUGCGUUUGGCAAGUUUUCGUAAUUUACAACUAGUUGAUCUUGAUCCAGCUAAACAGACGAUGAAACAAUUCUAUCCUGUAAUACAUGUCGUUGGUAUCAGUCGUUGUUCAUCAAAAAAUGAAGCCUAUGUUUAUAAACUAAGUGAUGAAUUUAUUCAGCAAGUGAUUGAUACAUUAGAUCGAAAAUCAUAA